CAGGACGUGAUCUCAGACGCCGGUGAACUAUUUUUUAUUUUUUGUUUGGCAAGUCCUUAUGAAGAAUGUAGAGUAUACUAGUGCACCCAAAUUAAGAGAAAGUGACUACAAUAUACUUUCUGCGGUCUUUUUAGACAAAUUUCAUUAAGUGCAAGCCGCCCCAACGACCUUGAUGAUUGCCAACUUAAUGGCGUGCUUACCUAACCAAGAGCCCUCAAAAAAAUUCAUGUUGUGAUUACCAAAAAGCCUGCUCUAUUAAACCUGUCGGAGACUUCGAUGUCAAAAGCUAGAAGCGACGUAGUUCUCAGUAAGACGUUAUCUUGGCUUCUGAGACACGCGGCUGCGAAAGAGGGGCUAUCUCUAGACUCCGAGGGCUUUAUACCGGUUACGGAAAUACUAAACCACCGACAGCUGAAAGGGAAGUACACUCUAGAUGACGUACGGAGGGUUGUUGCUAAUAACGACAAGCAGAGGUUUUUUCUGAGGGAGAAACAAGGGGUUGUGGAAAUUAGAGCGAAUCAGGGGCAUUCGCUGAAGAGCGUGCAAGAUCUUGAGUUGGUUCCUGUCGCAGAUCCAUCAGAGGUCUCAAAUGUGAUUCAUGGGACAUACUUGAGGAACUUGGACGCGAUUAAAAGCACGGGCUUGAGUCGCAUGAAUAGAAAUCACGUACAUUUCAGUUAUGAUCUUCCAAAUAGCAAAACUGUGAUUAGUGGAAUCAGGAGUUCAGCGGAGGUUUUUGUUUAUAUAGAUUUGGCGAAAGCGCUUAGUGAAGGACUGAAGUUUUACAAGUCCGCUAAUGGCGUUAUUUUGAGUCCAGGUGAUGAAAACGGGAUUAUAGAACCUAAGUAUUUUCAAAAAAUUGAAACAAGAUGGCUACAAGGGGGUACAAGCAAGUAA